CAAUGUAAUGAGCACAAAUGCACUGAUUAUAUUAAUAAAAUCUAAAAAUCAAUUUAGAAAAGCAUAUAAGAGCUACAUAGAUGUUUAUCGUAAUUAUAUAAUGAGAAAUUAAUAUAUAAUACGAACAAUUGUGUAAAAUAUACAAUAAGUAUUAAAAAUGGUUCCACUAAAUAUUAAAUAUUAUAAAUUUAUUAAAAACUAAGAUUUGUCUCAAACUUUAUCGAUAUAGUAGCUGACAUUAUAAUGUAUAAAUAAAAGAAAUUUUCAGUACCUUCAUUAAUAUUGGUCUUAAGACAACAGGUAAGAUCAGCGAUGUAACUGGAGUCUCAUCGCCCAUUGUCAUCCUUUACAACGUUUAUUUAUAAAUACAGCUCAAAUGUAAUUAAUUCGCAAUUAAACAAAUGCGGUUAAUUGAUUUCCUAAUUGGCCAAUUUAGGCAUAGAUCAAGUUGUUUACAUUAAAAAAUGACCAUAGUCCUGAUAUGACAGCUGUCACGAUCGGUACCUUAUUCCAAAACGAGGUAAUCAGGUUGUACAACUUGAUUUUUAGCAAAAUAUCUUUAUCUUAAAUUUUGUUCGAACGUAACGAAAACGUUCGAAAAAUUACUGAGAAUUACAGUUAUUCUAGAAUUAUAGUUUAUAUUUCACUGGGAAUAUAGUUAUUCUUGAAAUAUGGUAAUAAAAGUAUUUUCACCAAAUAUCAAAGUAUUUUAUCAUUUUAUAGUUUAAAAGUAUCUUUUCUAAAACACUAAACGCUUCGUUUUACGUUCCCUAUUAGAUUCAAGUGCAGUAACAAAUGAUUCCAAGUUUCAAGACCAGGAACGAUCGAUGAAAUAGCGCCUUGACAUAGCGCGUUUAAUUUCAAAUAUAUCAAAAUAAUGGAAAAUAACCUCACAAUUACUAUUUGGAAUAUUAUUAAUUUAUCGUUGUAAUUGAAUUAAGUAUCUCGUAUAUUAUCAUUAGAAUUUUCAAUAAUGUUGGAACGUAAAGACCCAGAAGGAAACCUAUAUGUUUUUGUAAGUAACUCGUCAUGCCUAACCUCACUUUGUUUCAUGUGAUAUCAUUUUUGUCUUAUUUAAUAUGAUUUUGUAAAAUAGAAUGAAGAAGAUUUACCUUACGAGGAGGAAAUUUUGAGAAAUCCUUAUUCAGUGAAACACUGGCAACGUUAUAUAGAUCAUUUAAAAAGUACAAAAAGUAGUAACUUAAAUAUUGUAUAUGAACGAGCAUUAAAGGAACUUCCUGGAAGUUACAAGUUAUGGUAUAAUUAUCUACGUCAACGUGUCAAUCAACUGAAAGGAAGGUGCAUAACAGAUCCACUCUAUGAAGAUGUGAACAAUGCAUUUGAACGUGCUUUGGUUUUUAUGCAUAAAAUGCCCAGAAUUUGGAUGGAUUACUGUACAUUAAUGACAGAACAAUGUUAUAUUACACGUACUCGUCAAGUUUUUGAUAGAGCACUUAGAGCUCUUCCUAUUACGCAACAUCAUCGUAUAUGGCCACUAUAUAUUGAAUUUUUGAAAAAACACAAUGUUUAUGAAACUGCAGUUAGAGUUUUUAGAAGAUAUCUUAAGUUAGCUCCAGAAGAUACAGAAGAAUAUAUAGAAUAUUUGAUAUCAAUUGAAAGGCUUGAUGAAGCAGCUGUGAAACUUGCACAAAUUGUUAAUCAAGAUGAUUUUGUGUCAAAACAUGGAAAGUCUAAUCAUCAAUUAUGGAAUGAAUUGUGUGAUUUAAUAUCAAAAAAUCCUUCUAAAAUAAAAUCUCUUAAUGUAGAUGCAAUUAUUAGAGGUGGUUUGAGACGUUACACUGAUCAAUUAGGUCCUCUGUGGAAUUCUUUGGCGGACUAUUAUGUUCGUAGUGGUUUAUUCGAAAGGGCGCGAGACAUUUAUGAAGAGGCAAUACAAACAGUGACUACUGUUAGAGAUUUUACUCAAGUGUUUGAUGCUUAUGCACAAUUUGAAGAACUUAGUCUUAGUAAACGUAUGGAAGAAGUUACAAAAAAUCCUACAGAAGAUGAUGAUAUAGAUUUGGAAUUAAGAUUAGCACGAUUUGAACAUUUAAUGGAAAGACGUUUAUUGCUUCUAAAUUCUGUAUUACUCAGACAAAAUCCUCAUAAUGUACAAGAAUGGCAUAAAAGAGUUAGGCUUUAUGAAGGACAGCCACAUGAAAUCAUUAAUACAUAUACAGAAGCUGUACAAACUGUGCAACCACAAUUAGCAGUAGGUAAAUUGCAUACUUUAUGGGUUGAAUUUGGUAAAUUUUAUGAAGAAAAUGGUCAAAUAGCAGAUGCCAGAGUUGUUUUUGAAAAAGCAACUCAUGUACCUUAUACUAAAGUCGACGACCUUGCUUCUGUAUGGUGUGAAUGGGCAGAAAUGGAAAUUAGACAUGGAAAUUAUAAAGAAGCAUUAAAACUUAUGCAUCGAGCUACUGCUAUGCCAUUCCGUAAAGUAGCUUAUCACGACGAAACAGAAACAGUUCAAAUGAGAUUAUAUAAAUCUUUAAAAGUUUGGUCUAUGUAUGCUGACUUAGAAGAAAGUUUUGGAACAUUCAAGACAUGCAAAGCUGUAUAUGACAAAAUUAUAGAUUUAAAAAUCGCCACGCCACAAAUUAUUAUUAAUUAUGGACUCUUUUUAGAAGAAAAUAAAUAUUUUGAAGAAGCUUUCAGAGCUUAUGAAAAAGGUAUUGCUCUUUUUAAAUGGCCCAAUGUUUAUGAUAUAUGGAAUACAUAUCUUACAAAAUUUUUGAAACGUUACGGUGGAACAAAAUUAGAACGAACGCGAGAUUUAUUUGAACAGUGUUUAGAAUUUUGCCCACUAAAAUAUGCCAAAGCUCUGUAUUUAUUGUAUGCAAAAUUAGAAGAAGAACAUGGUUUGGCUAGGCAUGCAAUGUCUGUCUAUGAACGAGCAACAGACGCAGUUCUUCCUGAAGAAAGAUUUGAGAUGUUCAACAUUUAUAUUAAAAAGGCAGCAGAUAUAUAUGGUGUUCCAAAAACAAGGCAAAUUUAUGAGAAAGCUAUCGAAGUACUUAAUGAAGAUAAUACGAGAGAAAUGUGUUUACGAUUUGCAGAAAUGGAGACGAAAUUAGGAGAAGUUGAUAGAGCCCGAGCAAUAUAUGCGCAUUGUAGUCAAAUUUGUGAUCCAAGAGUAGCUUCAAAUUUCUGGCAGAUAUGGAAAGAAUUUGAAGUGAGACAUGGUAAUGAAGAUACUAUGCGUGAAAUGCUUCGAAUUAAGCGCAGUGUACAAGCUAUGUACAAUACUCAAGUGAAUAUGAUGUCUGCACAAAUGUUAAAUAAUGCAUCGAAUCCACCAUUUGAUGUACCAGCAGAUGCAAUGCGUCUUUUGGAUAGUAAAACACAAGAUAACAUUACUGCAUACAAAGACAGUAUUAAAUUUGUUCGUGGUGCAACGGAAAAAGAUGGCAAAGCAGAAUCUCAAGUGAACAACCCGGAUGAGAUAGAUAUUAAUAUUGAUGAUAUUAAUGAUACUGAAGGAGAUAUAGAGGAAGGUAAUAUAAAACGUAUAAUAACACAUCAAAAUUUUUAUUACACUUCAUUGCGUGUAAUGUGUUCAUAAUGUGUUUAUAAAUUGUUUUGGAUUUUAGUGACGACACAUAUUUUAUAUCUUCUUAUUCGUGUUACUUUCAGAUAUACCUAUUGAAAAACAAACUAUUCCAUCACAAGUGUUUGGUAGUUUAAAGACAGCUGACGGUGAAGAUGAU